GGUGCUGAAGAAGUCAUGAAUAAAAGAAGAAAGACUGUUAUUGAAUAUAAUAGUUUUUAAGUGGGUUUGGAUAGCUUUAGAUGGAUGUGUCAGGGGGAAGGUAGCAGAAUGAGGACUGUCAGCUGAGGGGUUUGACCACUGUCUUGUCGCUGUUCAUCCAUUCCAACUUGUGCACACAAGUGCUGUGCUUUGCUCUGAGCUAUAGCAUUGGGCAGAAAGUCUGCUGAAACAGGUGUUGCCUGAUUUGUUUUACAAGAGCAAUAGGUAUGCCCUAGCAAUUUGACAUGAAUAAGAGAAACAUCUCCCCAGCCAACUUUUUAAAGUAUAUUCACAUGGUUGUAGAUAAACUUACCCAAGAAGAACUGAAAAAUGACAGCCCAAAGGAUGGAUGGAAAUGUCUCUUCUGAGGUAGUAGAUUCUAUCUAGCAUGCAUGGAAAAGGUUUGGAAAGCCACUGAGCUUUUGAGGUGAAGGCAAAACCUCUUCCUGUGAGCCACAAAGGGAGUGUCAUGGCAGUUCUAUUAUUGAAUAUCUAUGCAUGGCCCUGAAGUUGGCCUAAAUGUGACUCAUGGUGUUAAUGAUUAUCCCAGCGGUUAUCUGAACUACUUGGUUCCACUGGGGCUGCAAGCAGUACCCCUGCAGAGGUGUCUCCAGAAAACAGCAUGUUCCCCUUGCUCUUUGCGGCUGGGCUGGUGGUUCUGAAUCUAGUGACUUCUGCUAGGAGCCAGAAGACAGAACCCCUAAGUGGCUCUGGGGAACAGCUGCUCUUCCACGGAGCUGAUCGACAUGACUUUGCCAUCAUGAUCCUUCCAGGAGGCACAGAAUGCUUUUGGCAAUUUGCCCACCAGACUGGAUACUUCUAUUUCAGUUAUGAGGUUCAGCGGACAGUGGGAAUGUCACAUGACCGACAUGUUGCUGCCACCGCACAUACCCCACAGGGUUUCCUCAUAGGCACCUCCCAGGAUGUUCGGGGCCAGAUUAACUUCCCUACCCAAGAGACAGUGUAUCUCAACUUUGGAGUCUUCUAUGAGGGGCCUGAGAUGGACCACGAACAGAAUGAAAGAAAACAACUGAAUGACACUCUGGAUGCAAUUGAGCAGAGUACACGAACGGUACAGAACAAUAUCUUUCACAUGUGGCGAUACUACAACUUUGCCCGGAUGAGGAAAAUGGCCGACUUUUUCCUUCUCCAAUCAAACUAUAACUAUGUGAACUGGUGGUCAACAGCCCAGAGCCUUGUAAUUAUUCUUUCUGGGAUCCUGCAGCUGUAUUUCUUGAAGCGUCUCUUCAAUGUUCCAACAACUAUAGAUACAAAGCUCACGUGCUAAGCUAGGAUGACGACAGCUCUUUUCUUCUUAGAAACCUAGCCAAAGCUGACAGAAGCUUUGUAAAGUUAUGGGAAAAAAUCAAUUUCUCUUGUUAAUAUUUUCGUCUGUUGCACUCAUCUACAAAGUGGCAAUAAAAUAACAAUGUAAAAGUUCUGAGGUUGGCUAUUUCUAAAGUACGUAUUAAAUGCUACCAUCAAAAUACUGUUCAUCAUAGUGCAGUCCCUUAACCUUCACUGAGUCUACUUAGGGGUUAACAGAAAACCUUAGAAGGAGAAGAGUUAAAAAAAGAUGGGCCAAAAUCAAGUUUGCUUGUAUAUAAAAGCAGGAGUUGGUAGAGUGCCUUUUUGCAGUUGAAAAUGUUUUAUUUUUAGAAAUGUCACCUUUGGAAUUA